AAAAGACAAAAAGAGGCCUCUGGUUGGAAAAAAAAUGUAAAAGCUAAUUAUAAACCAGAAGUAUAAUCCCUAUUAUGGCAAAACAGCACCUCCGUCUCCUUCUUCUUACCAAACACUUAAACUAGCAAAAGGAAUCGUUUUUUUCUUUCUCUUGUAACUUCUGUGUUUCUUCAUUCUUUAUAAAAGGUGACUCUUAAUAGUCCCAACAAUUGCAGUAAUAGACUCCACAUUUCAUUUAUAAGAGUUACAAAUGGAAAACUCAGACACUGAUUCAGAAGUAUUCUUUUGGUUUCAAAACCAAAGCCAUGGCCAUAAGUUUCCUCCUUCUUGCUUCCCUUCGAGUGCUCACUCUGCCUAUUAUGGAUCUAGUUCAAUGAGUAACACAGAGACUAACACCGUCGACGAAGAAGACGUAUGUGAGAGCAACAUGAAGCGUGAGAUAACCAAGAAACGGAAGCUGACACCAAUCCAAUUGCGUCUACUGGAGGAGAGUUUCAAAGAAGAGAAAAGACUCGAACCAGACAGGAAACUUUGGCUGGCCGAGAAGCUAGGGCUGCAGCCAAGCCAAGUCGCUGUCUGGUUCCAAAACAGAAGGGUUAGAUACAAGACGAAACAGCUCGAGCACGACUAUGACUCCCUUAAAGCUAGCUAUGCUAAGCUCAAAACUGAAUGGGACAUUCUUUAUCUACAAAACCAAACCCUCAAGAACAAGGUCGCUCUUCUCAAAGAGAAGCUGCAAAUGCAAGAGAAUCCUGAACCACAGUCUAUGGAGGCGAAGAAGCUUGAGAAAGAAGGUAGUUCGGUGAAAAGCUACAACACGCAAUACAGUGAAGAAGAAGAAGGAUUGGGAAAUCAAUACAGUUUCCCUGAGCUUGCAGUUCUCGUAUUUUAUUAUGAUUCAACCUUAACGGCUUCAAAUCUAAGGUUGUGAUGGUAUAAGUCUAUGUUCCGUGUGCCUCAAGAUAUCUUCUCUGUCUCUUUCUUUAUCUUAAGAGUUAAUAAUAUUCUUGGGAUGGAAUAAAAUUAUUAACUGCA